AUGGUAGGCGUAUUCAUCUCCCGGGGGAGUGACGGGUGUUCUCCGACGGAUCUCCUAUCAUUUUACAUUUAUCCUGGGCGACUGGUGGUUGCCUUUUGUUUUUUCUCUAGUCAUUUUUUGCUGGUUCUGUGGAUUCCUUUACGUUAAUUGUAUAGUUUUGCCGAUCUGAUUUUACUCUACAAAAACCUCAUUCUUGAGUUUUCCCUCUCCGAGAGCGGCCGUAUUUUUGCAACUUUUCUCUAUUGUUUUGUCUCCCGCCUACAAAAUGAUCUCAUACAGUCUUUAUUGCCGUGAGUGCCGAUUUGUGGCCCCAGACGAAAUGGCUCUCCAGAGCCACUUCGAGGACGUCCACGAGGGAUUCCGGCAACCGCCCCCCCCCCCCCCUCGUAAGCGAACUGGAGCUCAACCGGUUUACCCGGCUGCCGCCAAUGACCCGGGUGAUGAGCUGCCCCGUCUACCUGGCUCGCUACAACGACUUUGGCCAACUGCAGCAACACGUGUUGGAGGAGCACCCCCCACGACUUCACGCGGGUUCCAUGGUGCACACGGCACCCCAUGUGCUCCGGGACUGGAUCCGGCUCGUGGUACGGAAAUUGGGGGCUGACAGUUUGACCCACUUCGGUUUGGGAUGGCUCGAAAAAGUGGGGUUCGACGCGCCAGAGAUCUUUGAAGUCUCAAUGAUCUGAGCCACUCCCGAAGCCAGCAGCACCAGCGGCGCCAUCUGCAACUUCUCAUUGCGACAUUGUGACAUUAUUAAUUUUAUUCUUUUUAUUAUCAUUAUUGCCAAUAAAUACAAAAAGUGUUACAAAAGUGUUAGAAAUAAAAAAAAGAUAGGGUGUCAAUAA